AUGGGCGGUGCUGCCCCCGUUGCGAGGGCAGCGGCGUCGCCGGCUCCCGACAUGGCGGCGGGGCGGGCGGCGCGGGGCGGCCCCGACCGGCCCCGAACGGAGCCCGGCGGCCAGGCCCGAAACGGCCCUCGCCGGGACUCGGCGGCGCCCCGCGGCGCCCCCGCGGACAGAGCUUUAACCUUUCAGUUUGAAUGGGAUCUAGAAGAGGAACGUCAGGCACUGAAAGAAGAUCAAAAAAUACAUCGGAGAAGAGCACAAAAAUAUUUUACAGAGACAAACAGAAGAAGGAGAGCCCUUGAAGAAAGAUGGAAGCAAGAAAAUGAAAAAGAGCAGAGACUUAGAGAGCAAGUUCUGCAGCAAAGGAAAGUUAAACUUCAAGAAGCAACUGAAAAAUACCAGCGUGCUAAUGUCCCUUUUUCUCAGCACAAGAAAAUAGUUCAAACAAAAGUGGUUCUUCAAUUAGAAGAAGCUCUUGACCAGAUUAAAGGGUCCAUUUUAACACAAGAAUUUUGCUUGUCUAACAGAAACAAAGCCAACYUCAGAACCACAGAUGACACUUCAUCCUCAUCAGCAUCUGGAAAUGGUUAUUUCCAUCAGAAGCAGAUUUCAGCAAUGGUUGACUGUGAUGAAAUAAGUCAGGAGAGCAGUAGAACAAACAUGGAUUGUAACCAGCUUCUCAUCCAGGAAAAUCUGAAAGAAAUGCAACAACUCCUUGAAAAACAGCAUCUCAGCAACUUGGAGAAUUUUCAUCAAGAAGUCAAAAAAGUAGCCAGUUCUGAAAGCCUGUUAAGCCUCGACAGUCUUGAAGCUGGAGAUCAGAAUGGAAAUUAUGUAACAUCGAGUGAAUCAUCUUUGGCUACACAGUGUGACUGUACCCUGUGUAAUCCAGAAAAAUCACAGACCAGAAAUAGCAGUUUACUUUAUACAGCUGAAAAUGCUUCUUCUAAAAAUAGACAUCUAAAUAAUUGUCUGAGAAAUAUAGAAUCCCAAAACAACCAGAACAAYUUACCUAUUCUUGACCCUUCAGCUAAACAUACUGUUCUAACUCUUGCUGAACAUAUAAACAGCACACAAGAGGAGUCACUUCUUUCUUGCAGGUCUGAACAGCAACCCACAGAGCUCUCUACUUCUGAUAUGCAAGAAGGACCUGUAAAUAAUUCAUUUACUUUUCUGACAAAUAUAAAAGGAAAAAACAAUCUGUCUUCUAGAUUGCUAAGCACAUUAUCCACUGAUAAUCCUGUAUUCAAACCUGGCAAAGCCUGGGCUAUUUCAGGGGAAAGAGRUCAGAAUUUGAUACAAAAUCAAAGUUCUGAAAUGACCCCUCAGAGAAAAAACGUGUCUGUACAAACCUCCUGUCAACCUCUUGCAACAUCUGUAAUCUUGUUUCCUAAUCAGAGAUGUUCCAAUGACAUUCCCAGCACUUCUUGCUCAGCUAAUAGUUCACAAAAGGAAAAAACCAUAAGCACUUUUUUUUUAAAUAAUACAUUGGGCAAAAUGACAGAAACAAAAGAAGGAAAUAUGAAAUGUAUUAAUGUUAAUCCAGRAUCAUCUGUUUUUCAAGACAUACAAAAUGCUUCUACUCCGUGCAGAGUUAAGCAAGCAAAGAAUAAAGAAGAGAAGGGAAAUAUAAUUGAAACUAUAUCUCUGUUGUCUGAUACAGAUUUCAAUUCUGACAUUCCUGCACAGCACAAAAGCCCAAAAAAUAAUAUUCCUGAGAGGAAGGAAGUGGGGUUAUUCAAAAGUAUCUUAAAGAAAGAAUCUAAAUAUGAACAUAGUCCUUUCAAAGCCCUAGAUAUGGACUUCAGGAUGCGUUUUGGAACUCAGCCUGUGUCUUCUCUCCGAGACAGUUUGGAACUGGCAAAAGGAAAAAAGAAGAAUGCAGAAAAUGAAAAAAAUAAUCAGAACUUACAGUUUGAUCAAACUCACCAGGUAACAGUAGAAAAUAAAGAAAAAUGUAGUGAAGAGACCACCAGUGAAAUAUGUUCUGCACAGAUGCAGUGUGUUCAAACUACAAGUAAUGCUCCUAAGACUACAUUAAGUAUUGCUGCUCCUACUUCACUGGGCACAAAAAAACACCRGGAAUAUUCUCAGAUACCAAGACCAAGUGUUAAUGCUAGAGAAUCAGACAAAGCAUGUGUACCUCUGAAUACUUUCAUGUCUACUGGAUCCCAUUUUGCUAAGCAAGCUUGGAUGGUAUCAAAAGGCGAAGAAAUUAACUCCCCAAUAAGUAUUAGCAAUUCUAAAAUUCACAAAGGGAGUCAACACAAAAAUAAGGCAAAUAUAACUAGUCAAGCAAKAGCCCGGCCAAGUUUUAUGCCCCAGAAUAGAACAGGCACUGUAGUCCAUCCACAGUCUGCUACUAAAGCCAACAAAAUUUUGAAAGCUCAAGAGAAAAUUUUAGCACCUCACCCACCAUCUGCACCUAUGCCAGGAAAGAGAACUGGCAACGCUGCAGCCAGGCCUGUGUGUCAACCACUGCAUUCUUCAAAUCUUCAAACUACCAAUAUUAACUGCAACCACUUAAAUGAAAGCCAUGUUUUGUUAGAAGAUGGGGUUUUAAAUACAAACACUGCAGAAAAUAGUAACAGUUAUACUUGCACUUCCGACUUGGCCACUGUGAUUUUAUCUACACCUUGCUGUAGCAAGUCUAAAUACAAACCUUUGACUAAAAAUAUUUGUUCUGUAAAUAGUGUUCAGGCAAAUGCCUGUGGAAACUGUUCUGCAGUAACCUACACUAAAAGAAGACCUGUUAAAGCAGUAAAUGGAUUAUAUCGAGAGCGUAUCCCAACAGCUGCAAAAAAAAGUACCUCAGGGCAAGGAGAGCCUGGUGCUCAGAAACAGUGUGCUACUGGUAUUGUUCCUGUUACAAGACAAAAUCAGGUUUUUGACAGCUGUGAAAAUAAACACAGAGCUUUCUUGAAAAAAAGGAGACAAACUGUAGCUUCUAGAAGAUGGAGAUCCACUCAUUAUACGGAGCUGGAUCCUGUUCAAUCUGCAUUUGAGCCAAUACAAAAUAUGAAGGACGCCUAUGAAUCUGCUGAAGUUUCAGAGAGCACUGCUCAGUUUCUCAUGGCAGAGGACCUAUCUGGUACAUCGUGUGCAGAAGAUGAAAUCCUGGCAGCUAUGGAAAGUGCACAACCAGCCAAACAACCCUUGCUUCCUAACAAGGCUCAGUGCCUAGGCAUAAGUGCACUUUCAAUAGAAGAACUAAGGAUCUUCCAGUCUCUUGAUCACCUCGAUCAAAGGCUACAAAAUGUACAAGAAGCCAUUACCAGAAACAUAUCUAAUUCAAGUGUUUUACAGCUAAUCACUCCUUUGAAUACGUCCACCCCUUUGGUGAACACUGCAGAACACUCGCAGCAGAAUCAGGGUGGAUCUGCUAUCAAUCGAUCGCAAUUGCAGARGAGAUAUUGAUAUUGUCAUAAAAAAGCUGCUCCARGAGAAUGCAGCCUUAAGGACUUUUAUGUAAAGUAUAUUUUAUUUGACAUUUUAAAAUAGUCAGCAAAAUAAAGAUGAAAGCAGUAAGUCAAAUAAUGAGUAUCAGUGACUGGCAAACAAUUUUAUGAUAAUUCUACUUCAUUAUGUACUU